GUAUAAUUGUGAGUGUUGAUAGUAGAUGACGACACCAGUGUGGCUCUGCUCUCUCACAGUUUCUCCUCCCUUCAUUAUUGUUAUUAUUAUUAUUAUUGUGUGUCCAGGCCAUAGAAUUAUAUCUAGAGUGAAACAUAUUAAAACAAUGCCACGUGCAGAGCCAGUAGAGUAUCAGUUUAUUCACCGGAGAGCUGGACAUGUGAUGGUGGCCUUUGACAAGAGAUUAUUCGUGUGGGGUGGCUAUAUGGAGCUGCCUCAUUCGGAAUCCUACACGCUUAUGACACCAAGCAAGUGCUUAUACCAUAGUGCCAUAGAUGUUUUUAUGUAUGAUCCUCUUCUUGAUACAUGGACUCGUCGGAUGAGCAAUGGGCACAUUCCUCUACAGCUUUCAGGAUCUUGUGCAGCUGUUCAUAAGCAACACAUGUAUCUCUUUGGGGGUUGGACCAGCAGUACCUCAGAUGAAUAUGAAAAUAGUUCCAAUUCUUUGUGGCGACUUCAUCUAUCUACAUUAACAUGGGAGCUCCUCUUUCCAGAGGGUAUUCCACCGUUUCCCUGUGAUAAAGCUGCCUGCUGGGUCUUCAAAAAUAGGUUCUAUGUAUUUGGAGGUUUUGGUCCAUCCAGAGAAUUGCACACAAUGUCUGGUAUCAAAGUCAAUUUUGUGCGUGACAGUGUUUUUCCAAGUGGUUGGAUAGAUCAGCUGGUUUAUUAUGAUAUUGAAAAUAAUAAAUGGGUAUGGCCUGAGACGCGUGGCCCUAAGCCAUCUCCUCGAGCAGCACACACAGCUGAUAUAACCGGUGACAAAGUGUACAUUUUCGGUGGGCGUUUUAAGGAAACAAGAAUGAAUGAUUUACAUUGCUUGGAUCUUACCAGUUUGAGAUGGAGUGGCAAUUUGACGGAGAGUGCAAUUCAAGAAACACCAGAGGGUCGAUCUUGGCAUACAUUCAAUUUUAUAUCAGAAAAUAAAGCAGUUAUAUAUGGUGGCUUCAAUACAACUCAGCAAGUUUUAAAGGACAUCUGGGUAUUAGAUGUUACAAAUGGGAAAUGGCAGCAGUCACCCAGUGAGCAAGCAGGACCUGUACUUUGGCACACUUCAGCUGUUGGAUUCCCUGGUGAAGUGACUUUUUAUGGUGGAAUUAAAAACAAUCUUCUUGAUUAUUCACAGCCAAAGGUAUGUUAGUUUCCUAUCAUUCAC